UUCACACUAAUUAAAAGGUUGCUAGCUAGUUAUUUAUCACAUUACUACCAAGCUGUUUGCUUAUUGCAGUCAGAUCAAAAGGAAUGAAUAAGGUCUAAAAGUAGCUUCGUCUCUUCAUUUCCUUCGUAAAUGCAUGUUGUGAUCUAUUAUGGCAGUUUGAAUGAGGGCAAAUGACAAAUCAUUGGCAUCGUUGGGAACGAUCGAUCGGUCCUUCUCAAACGGCCACAAAGAUCUGAGACCACUGUUUGCGUGAUAUGUAUACUGUCACUAAGAUGUUUAUCAUUGAGCAGCAUGAUUGAUCAGGUUUGGCUGGCAACACAGUAGGUAGUCGAUAGACCGUCGUCUAGAACAGCACUUUCCACAUUGUUCCCUCUCUGCCAUUUUCAUAGCCUUUAUUGUUCUUUAUUAUCAGGUUUCCGCGUUAAAGAUGCGUCGUCUCAGGGAAUCCACAAGACCAAUGCAUGACAUCAGUACUGUAUCAAUGUCGGGAUUGGUUUGACCUCCUACAUGAGGGACAGAAAACGAGCUUUGGGCACUCGUUUAGGUGCAGAGUACAAAUAUGGAGUUCCGCUUCGGAAAUGUGAUUUUCAGCUCCAAAUUCGACUCUGGUAACUUGGCUCGGGUUGAGAAGGUGGAUCGCUCCGAGUCGGAAGGCGAGGGUGCUGGAUCUGGGACUGCCGUUUCAGGGGUCCUGUCGGCAGGGCUUUGCAACCCGGACUAUGAGUUCAACGUUUGGACGAAACCUGAUUGUGCCGAGACGGAGUUCGAAAAUGGGAACAGGUCCUGGUUCUAUUUCAGUGUCCGUGGUGCAAGCCCCGGAAAGGUUAUUAAAAUCAAUGUCAUGAACAUGAACAAGCAGAGCAAGCUCUAUUCCCAGGGCAUGGCACCGUUUGUGAAGACUUUGCCUGUGAAGACCCGGUGGGAGAGGCUGCGUGAUAGGCCAGUGUUCGAGAUGGCGGAGAACCAGUUCAUUCUAUCUUUCAAUCACCGCUUUCUGGAAGUCCGUGGGACCACGACAUACUUUGCUUUCUGCUACCCAUUUUCAUACACCGAAUGCCAGGAUAUGCUACAGCAGCUGGAUCAGAAGUACAUCCACUCUAUGCACCUUAGUCCAAAUAGUCCCUUAGAUUCUGUGUAUUACCACCGGGAGCUGCUGUGCCUGUCGCUGGACGGACACCGAGUGGACCUCAUCACCGUCACCUCCUGCCACGGCAUGAUGGAGGAGAGGGAGCCCAGGCUGGACAAGCUCUUCCCAGAAAACCACACCCCUCGCCCUCACAGAUUUGCCGGGAAAAGGGUUUUUUUCCUCAGCAGCCGUGUUCACCCCGGGGAAACCCCCUCCAGCUUCGUGUUCAACGGAUUCCUCAACUUCAUCCUGAAGCAGGAGGAUCCGCGCGCUCAGACGCUGAGGAGGAUGUUUGUCUUCAAGCUCAUCCCCAUGCUCAAUCCGGACGGAGUUGUGCGUGGACACUACAGGACGGACUCCAGGGGGGUUAACCUCAACCGCCAGUACCUCAACCCCAGUUUUGAACUCCACCCCUCAAUAUACGGUGCCAAAGCUGUCAUACUGUAUCACCACCUGCACAACCGCCUGGGGCCGGACUCUCCUGGCUGCAGGACGUUCGCCUCCCCCCUCUCCUCCAACCUGCUAAGCACAAAAUCUUCCAACCAUUCCAACACCGCCUGCCUGCCCCUUCUGGAGGCCCCCCUCUCGGCCAUGGAGCGGAGCAAAAACCUGCGCAACGAGGAGGAGCACGGCGAGGGCGACCCCUUCCCGCCCCUCAACUGCUCGGCCCCCCUGGAGAUCGCCAUGCUGACGGAGGAGAACGGGCCGCCCUGGGGCCCCGAGGACCUGGAGAAGAGCGAGGCCGACUGCGAGGGGCCCUGCGACGAGAACGAGGUGCUGAAGGCGGCCACGCCCCCGGAGCUCUCCCCGCCCGCCGAGUACAUUCCCCCCCAGGAGAGCGGCGUGGCCUACUACGUGGACCUGCAUGGCCAUGCCUCAAAGCGGGGCUGCUUCAUGUAUGGGAACAGCUUGCCUGACGAAAAUGAGCAGGUGGAAAACUUGCUUUAUCCAAAGCUGAUCUCUGUGAAUUCGGCACACUUUGACUUCAUGGGCUGCAAUUUCUCUGAGAAGAACAUGUACGCCAAAGACAAGAGGGACGGGCAGUCUAAAGAGGGCAGCGGCCGCGUCGCCAUCCACAAAGCUAUCGGGCUCGUUCACAGCUAUACCCUGGAGUGUAACUACAAUACCGGGCGCUCUGUUAACACCAUUCCUCCCGCCUGCCAUGACAACGGCAGGGCGACCCCUCCCCCUCCCCCAGCCUUCCCUCCCAAAUACACACCUGAAAUCUUUGAACAGGUGGGCAGGGCUGUAGCUGUGGCAGCACUGGACAUGGCUGAGUCCAACCCCUGGCCCCGCAUCGUCCUGUCAGAACACAGCUGUCUCUCGAACCUGCGCGCCUGGAUGCUGAAGCACGUGAGGAACAGCAAAGGGACGAAUACCAACAUGAAGAGGAGCAGCUCCAAGCCCUCUCCAAAGGGGUUCGCCAUGGGCCUGACCAGCUCCGCCUCGGACAACGCCCUGAGCCGCGCCCGCAGCAACAGCAACGGCACCACCAGCGGCAGCAGCAGCAGCCAGCAGACCUCCCCGCAGCUGAAGAGCUCGCCCAGCUUCACCUUCGGCUGCAGCCAGCCACCUCGCUCCUCUGGGCCCCAGACCUCCAGCUCCGGCCUCCACAAGAGCAGCCACAGGGCCCUGGGACCAGUGCGAGAAUCAAAAAGUCAGGAGAAGAGGCGCCCUCACCACCGCUCAAUGUUACGAACAGCAGCCAGCAACCCCAGCCUCCACCAGCCCUCCCCCACCAACCCUCCUCUCUCCCCCACCUCCUCCUCCUCCUCUUCCUCGGUCUCGGCGGGACUCCCCAAACCUGCGCCCUGCCCCCAGCCCCAUUCCGGCCUGGGCCCCUGCACCAUCCCCGCCUCCUUCAGCAUGGCAGGUCUGUACACCCUCCAGCCCCCCAGCUUCUCCAAGCUCCUCCCCUCUCUCCAAGCCAUGCCCAAGGCCAACCUCCUAAACAAGGCCCUCAGCAAGAAGCUGAGCCCCCUGCUGCACCAGGGCCUGCCCCCUCUGGCCUUCCUCAAUGACAUGACCAGCUCUUUGGGCUCAGGGAGUAGCCUAGGCAGCCAGACAGGGAGAGCCGCGAAAGAGUAAACAGGGUAAGAAGGAUCCAGACAACACAGUUCUGUGAGCGGUGGUGACGAUUUACUUCAAAGUUUUGGUAAGGGGAAAAAUACUGCUAAUAGUACUAGUGUAUUUCCCUAUGUAUUUUUUGACCCCAAUUUAGCUCCGGUUUUGAACAGGGUGUCCUUAUGUGUCCAUAAGAGUUGAAUAUGGAUCACUUUUACUAAAACAUUCAUCUGGGUCUUUUUUUCCCAUUCAACACACAGGACAUUUUUUAUCUUGAUCUAUUUAUAUUGCAAAAGAGCCGUGGCACAUUGUAUCAAAGAUACGGAAGUGAACCAUUUGGCAUUUAAAUCUACCCAGGUUAGAGCCAAGGGCUUUGUUUUUCUUUGUCCCUGGGGCUGCGCGGCUGCCAGCUCUGGAGAGCUGCAGUGUAGCCGGGCUGUCGCUCAGAGAGUUCUGUUUGCCCGGUCUGGCUGGCUUUCACUCGCAGCCGUUCCAAACUACAGUACUGUAGCCAGUGUGGGAGUAUCAGAGGCCUCUAUUCAGUCUAACUGCUGUGUCCUUUGUCCUUCGUUUUGAGUGAAGAAUGU